AAAAUCUCCCCCCUCUUCCUGGGACCCCGUCCCUUUUGCUCGAGGUGUUCUUCGCGUUUUGUUUGUAGGUUUCGCGAAGCAAGGAAUCCCCCUGCAUUGCUCCGGAGCUCUGCGGCUUCUAGGGAUUCGCUACUCGCGGUACCGAGGCGCUAGAAUCGAUCGGGCCGUGGCGCUGUGCAAGCGCGAGCCGCCGCCGCCUCAUUCUUCCAGCGCGAGCGCCAGCUGGUGUAUCUCUAUGUAACCACGCGUCUCUAUUUCAUUUCCAAGGGCUCUGCUCGUUCUUCAGUGCUCGCAGGUUAGAGCUGAUCAUCAGAUAGCGUAGCUCAGAUGGGGAGAAAGCUUUACGUAGAGAUUCUCAGCGCCCACAAUUUGAUGCCCAAGGAUGGACAAGGCUCGGCAAAUCCGUACUGCAUCAUCGACUUCGAUGGACAGAGGAGGAAGACGAAGGUGAAGGUCAAGGACCUCAAUCCCGUCUGGAAUGAGAAGUUUGAAUUCCCGGUCUCGGAUCCUAUCAACAUGGGAAUGGACAGCUUGGAUAUCUGGGUCCAUACGGAGAAGAAGAAUGCUAGCUCUGGAAAGGAUGGCUUCCUCGGCAAGGUUCGAAUCCCAGGUAGCAGCUUCGUGAAGCACGGCGAAGAGGCGAUCACUCAUCAUCCGCUGGAGAAGAAGAACUUGUGGUCGACUGUGAAGGGAGAGUUGCGGAUCAAGGUCUACUACGUGGACGAGUCUUCCGGGAUGUCGAUGAAGGCUCAUGUGAAGGACCACGAGAAGGUGAAGGACCAUCACCACGAGAAGCUCAAGGAUCACGACCACGGAAUUAUUCUGAAGAAGGAAGAAAAGAUCAAGGACGAUCACGGGCAGGGAAAAAAGAUGGUUGCUCCGACAACAAUGCUGCCGCCUGGGGACUUCGCUCUCAAGGACACGUCCCCGGUGCUCGGACAUGUCGGUGAGAAGCACAUCUCGCACGACCUGGUGGAGAAGAUGCAGUACCUUUACGUCCGCGUGGUGAAGGCCAGAGACCUGGUUGCCAAAGACCUCGGCGGCAGCAGUGAUCCAUACGUCAAGGUGAAGGUUGGCGAAGGCUACCCGGCGAAGACAGAGAUCCGGAAGAGGAGCGUCAACCCGGUGUGGAACCAAGUCUUUGCAUUCGGCAAGGACAAAAUCCAGGGGCCGACAGUGGAGAUCACGGUUUGGGACGCUGACAAAGUGAGCAAGGACGACUUUCUAGGAUUCGUGCAGUUCGACCUGACCGAGAUAUCCAAGCGUGUGCCGCCGGAGAGUCCUCUCGCGCCUCAGUGGUAUAAGCUCGAGCCAGGAAGGAAGGGUGACGUGCACGUGAGGGGUGAGAUAAUGCUGGCUGUCUGGUGGGGUACUCAGGCAGAUGAAGCGUUCUCUGAGGCUUGGCAAUCCGACUCUGGCGGUCACUACCACAACAAGGCGAAAGUGUACAUGUCGCCAAAGCUGUGGUAUUUACGCGUAAACGUGAUCGAAGCACAGGACCUGAUACCGUCGGAGAAGAAUCGUCUGCCUGAAGUCAGCGUGAGAGUCCAACUCGGAGGGACUCAGGUGUACAAGACGAAAGUAUCGGCAAACAGAACCAACAGUCCGUUUUGGAAUCAGGACAUGGUGUUCGUAGCAGCCGAGCCGUUCGAGGAGCACCUGGUUUUGACCGUCGAGGACAGAGUUGGCGGGAACAAGGAAGAAGUUCUCGGCGUGGUGAAGAUACCGCUGAAGGAAGUUGACCGCCGAAUCGACCACAGGCUCGUGAACACCCGCUGGUUCAACCUUGAAAAGAAUGGAGAGAAACCGUUUCGCGGACGCCUGCAUUUGCGGGUUUGCUUCGAUGGAGGAUAUCACGUCAUGGACGAGUCCACUCACCAUAUCAGCGACACUCGUCCCACUGCGAAGCAGCUCUGGAAGGCCAGCAUGGGCGUCCUGGAGAUUGGAAUCCUGAGCGCGAAGAACCUGGUUCCAAUGAAAAGCCGAGACGGGAGGAGCACCACCGAUGCUUACUGCGUUGCAAAGUACGGCCAGAAAUGGGUGAGGACGAGGACGUGCAUGGACUCCUUCAGUCCUCGUUGGCACGAGCAGUAUACUUGGGAAGUCCACGAUCCCUGCACAGUCCUGACGAUCGGGGUGUUCGACAAUUGCCACACCAAGGACGAGCCUGGCGAGAAAGUUAGCAGUGGCAGAGAUAACCCGAUUGGAAAAGUCAGAAUCCGCGUGUCCACACUCGAGAGCGACCGUGUCUACACAAACUCGUAUCCACUUCUCGUCCUCCAGAGAAGUGGAGUGAAGAAGACUGGCGAGCUGGAGCUCGCGGUGCGGUUCUCUUGCACCUCCGUCCUCAACAUGAUGCACAUCUACUUCACGCCACCACUUCCCAAGAUGCACUACCUGCAUCCGCUUGGAGUGAUCGAGCUGGAACAGCUGAGGAACAUUGCUAUCCGGAUCGUCUCGUUGAGACUCGCUCGAUCGGAGCCUCCUCUUCGCCAGGAGGUGGUGCACUACAUGCUGGAUACGGACUCCAACAUGUGGAGCAUGAGGAGGAGCAAGGUGAACUACUACAGAAUGCUUGGAGUUUUAUCCGGUGCGAUCGCCGUGACCAAGUGGUUCUCCGACAUCUGCCAGUGGAAAAAUCCGCUGACAACCGUACUCGUUCACAUACUGUUCCUGAUCCUGGUCUGGUACCCGGAGCUGAUCCUGCCAACGCUUUUCCUCUACAUGUUCCUCAUUGGAGCCUGGCACUACCGCUUCCGUCCGCGUGCUCCACCUUACAUGGAUGCCAGGCUCUCUCAGGCCGAGCAUGUGGAGCACGACGAGCUCGACGAAGAGUUUGACACUUUCCCGACGUCCAAGAGUCCUGACAUCGUCAAGCACCGCUACGAACGCCUCCGGAUGGUAGCUAGCAGGAUCCAGUCGGUUCUUGGGGACUUAGCGUCGCAGGGAGAGCGACUGAACGCGCUCCUCAGCUGGAGAGACCCUCGUGCGACGGCUAUCUUCAUCACCUUCUGCCUCGUCGCUGCUAUUCUGCUGUACGUGAUCCCACUCCGAGUCGUGGCGGUGCUGCUGGGGAUUUACGCUCUUCGACAUCCUCGAUUCCGCAACCGCGUGCCUCCGGUACCUAUGAACUUCUUCCGGAGGCUCCCGUCGUACGCCGAUCGCAUCCUGUGAUCCACGAAAGUGGGUGUUGGAGCUUUUCAACGAAUCAGCCGUGCCUUUUCUUUUCUCUAACAUCAAGCUAAGUUAUUCCCAAGCGAAGGUACACGGUCGAAGUUCGGGUGGUUUAUAUGAUGAUUUUGGAAUGUAAAGGUUAGUACACUUUGAUUAUGGUAGUGUGAAUUCCGCAGUUUCUUUUCCUAUGCGGCAGCUUAUUUGUAGGUGGUGUUUGCCUGAACUGGGAACAGCACAGCUUUUUUUUUUUCACUUAAAAGCAGCUCUUUUUUGUUCUCU